CUAAUGAAAAAUAUUUUUCUCAGAUUACGAGCCCGUGAAGACUGUCGAUGGAUAUACUUUUCCACUUGCAAGGCGAAUCCGCUGCGACCUCCUUUCUGAAGGCAAAGCUUCCGACCUGAAGACCACACAACUUCACGCCUAUUACAUGCUUUUUGCAUCCCAUGAUAUCAACUCACUUCAUGAUACCUUUAAUUACCUAAGGGACAUACCUCACUGUUGUGAGCCACAAGGUGAGACUGACUACAUGUGUACUCCCAACAUGAUCCCACCGGACGACCCCGUACACCGAUACUCAGGAGUUCGAUGUAUGAACCACACCAGGCCCGAGAGCUACCAGACUUACGGGUGUCUGGAGAAUGGAACUACCUUCGUGAGGAUGACCACGGCGACACCAGUUUUUGACCUUUCUCAAAUUUACACUCCAACGCCGAAUCGUGAGAAUUUAAGAACGUACUCAAACGGAUUUAUAGAAAUUGAGGAAGAUCAUGGGAAGUUAUUUCCACCUUCCACUAAUGACACGUCAAAUUGCUUUCUGAACGAACCUCCGAGGGAAACACGUUGCAAUCGAUUUCAUUUUAAUUCGGCACUCGGUGGACAAUUUGUCGUGAUCCUAUUUUAUAGGUACCACAACUACAUAGCCAAUGAGUUGCACAGACUGAACCCGAGCUGGGAUGACGAGCGACUGUUUUACACAGCUCGAGACAUUAAUAUAGCUGUGUCUUUACAAAUAUAUUACUAUGAACUGCUGCCUAUUGUUUUAGGCAAAGAGAACAUGAUCAGAGAUGGAAUCAUUUCUGAUUCUGAUGGAUUUAGAGAUGUGUACGAUGACGAUGUUCUACCUCAGAUGUUUGAUGAGUAUGUGUACGCGCUGAGGUGGUUUCACACUGUUCAGGAGGCAGACGUUAAGUAUGAUUAUAACUGUAACUUUCAUGAGUGGAAUUCAUUAUUAUUUAUUUAAUUACGGUUUACUUAAG